CUGAUAAAGAUAUGCGGAGUCACCAGUGCGGAGGAUGCCGAGCUGGCCGCAGCGGCAGGUGCCAACUUCAUUGGCAUGAUCAUGUGGCCAAAGGCCAAGCGGUCUGUGGCGCCAGCAGUCGCGCAGGCCAUUGCUGCUGUGGCAAGGGAGCACGGCGCACAGGCAGUGGGUGUUUUCGUGGAUGAAGAUGCGCGCACAAUAGAGCACAGGUGUAGGGAGGCUGGGAUUGGGGUGGCUCAACUGCAUGGAGACGUGGCAAGGGAGGCAGUGGCAUCCCUGCCAGAGUUUCUUCAGAUCAUCUAUGUCUUGCAUGCUGACUCCGAUGGCGUCAUUCAGACGCUUCAGCCAGGAGAGCUUGCAGCAUCUCUUGGUCAGGACCUCUCCAGGUCUGUGGAAUGGGUGCUUGUGGAUGGGAUUGUCGGCGGCAGCGGGGAGAAGUUUGACUGGGCAAACCUUCAGCCGCCCAAGCAGGUUGCCCAACGAGGCUGGUUCUUGGCUGGUGGGCUGGGACCGCACAAUGUGGCAAACGCUGUGCAGCAGCUGCAUCCCAAUGGGGUGGAUGUGUCCAGCGGAGUCACUGGCCCAGACAAGCUCAGAAAAGAUGCUGCUAAAAUCCAUGCAUUUGUGUCCUCUGUUCAACAGCUGGAGAGUGUACCACAAACAGCCUGA